AUGUAUGUAGAACCAAUUAUUCCCAUUGGAAUGAUGGAAAGUCAAACUGAUGAGGGUGGUCCAACUCCAACUGAUAAAGGGAAUCCAACUCAAACUCAGAAUGGGUGUAGAACUGAUGAGGGUUGUCCAACUCAAACUCAAACUGAUAAGGGGUCUAGAACUGAAAAGGACUGUCCAACUGAAACUGAUAAAGGGUCUAGAAAUGAUAAGGGGGGUCCAAGUCAAACUGAUAAGGAUUCUAGAAAUGGUUUUUGUGAUGGUACAACCUAUGAUGGGGUAGAUGUUCAAGAUUUAGGUAAUAGAACUAGUGAGUCUGAUGUGUCAUUUGAGGUAGAUAGUGACUAUGAGCAGUCUGAUGAUGAUGGGUUAUAUGAGGCUAAUGUUGAUGAAAAGGCUGAAUGGGCAGGGUUUGACAACAGUAAAGGGAAAAAACCAAACUUGAAUGAUGACAUAGAUGAUGAUGAUGGCAAAGAUUACGGAGAUGAUUCAUCAGAUGAUCUCCAUAGUGCUUGUUCAAACUCUGAUGAUGAUAGGAAGAAAGACAAGUUUCAUGAGUAUAGAAGAGAAACUGAUUUGGGAAAGGUCCAGUUUACUGAAGGGAUGAAGUUUCCCUCAGCAAAAGAGUUUAGGGAAGCAGUGAGAGAGUAUUCAAUAAAAGAAGGAAAAGACAUUAAGUUUGUAAAGAAUGAGACCACAAGAGUAAAAGCUAAAUGUGCUACAGAGGGAUGUGGUUGGAGUAUUAUGGCUUCACUUUCUCAAAAAGGUGAAUCAUUUCAAGUCAAAACCCACAAAAGUGAACAUGAUUGUCUCAGAUCAUUCAAAGUAAGGCAUGUAACCUCAAAGUACCUUGCUGAGAAGUAUGUGGACAGCAUAAGAUCCAAUCCUGACAUGCCUUUGGAUCACUUGCAACAAAGAGUGAGGGAGGAUCUUAUGGUUGACAUUUCCCACGCUCAGGCAUAUAGGGCUAAGAGGAAAGCACUUGACCUCAUUGAGGGAACAAAUUUGAAACAAUUUGCCAGGUUGAGGGAUUAAUGUGAAGAGAUAAGGAGAAUAAACCCUAACACCACAAUCAUCAUGAAAACUAUACCUUCUCCAACUCCAGAUGGUCAGCCAAUAUUUGAGAGAAUUUAUGUAUGUUUGGGGGGCAUUAAAGCAAGAAAUGCUAGCUGGUUACAGAAGGUUGGUAUGUAUGGAUGCAUGCCACUUGAAAGGAGCACAUGGGGGUCAGUUGUUAGUUGAUGUAGGGAUAGAUGCUAAUAAUCAGUCAUUCCCAUUUGCAUAUGUUGUUGCUGAGAGUGAAACCAAGGACACAUGGACCUGAUUUUUGGAGUUGGUGGUUGAAGACUUAGAAAUUCAGAACACAAGUGCAUGGACAUUCAUGACAGACAAACAAAAGGGUCUGGUUCCAGCAUUACAAGAUGU